AUGGUGCAUCCAAGAUUAGUGAAGAGGGCAAGAAGCAAGAGAAGGCGCACUCAUAAAUUAUCCUACUCCACCUCUUCCACAAAACAGCUUCCAAGUACCAACCCUGCCGCUGCCAUUAAUUUGCUUCCAAGAGACUUGUUAGUAGAAGUGAUUGCAAAAGUGGCUUCAGACUCCUUCAUUGACCUUCACACCAUCAAAACAUGUUGCAAAGAUUUUCUAGACGCUAAAAAUGAUAGUUAUGUUUGGCAAAGAGUUUCUUUGGACAAGUUCCCUUUAAUCCACUGGUCUAAUGACAAAGCUUCAUGGUUCUUGAGUCGUUGUAGGGAUUAUGGGAACAUCGAAAGCUUGUUUAGAGAAGGUCUGCGAGAGUAUUUUAAUUAUCCACAUGGAAAGAUGAAUAGUCUUGAAAUCUUGAAGAUGGCGGCUCAAAAGGGUCACAAAGAAGCCAAAUAUGUUUACGGUAUGAUUUUACUAUGCUCCAAAAAUGAUGAGUUGAGAAAACAAGGACUCGAGAACAUGCGUUUUCUGAGAAAGUCCAAGUGUGUCGUAAGCUGCAGGAAUAAAGUUAAGCGAUUGUUGGACUCCAUGUGGAAAAAAAAUUCACCACUUGAGCGCAAUCACAUCCCUCAAUGCCAGUUCAAGAGCACAUGCAAAGGCUGGAGAGUGAAAACGGGUGGAUGGGUAUUACUGAAUGAUGAGGAUGAUGAUAUUAGCUUGUGUGAGUAUUGUAGAUGGGACCAUGAGUUGAAGUCUUUUUAUCCAUUGUUCAAUGUUCAUUAG